AUGGGACCGGGACCCGGAGCGGGACCCGGAGCGCGACCCGGAGCGCGACCCGGAGCGCGGCGGGGCUCGGUCCUGCUGCUGCUGCUCGCCCUGGGGCACCUGGCCGGGCUGCCGGCCGCYGGCGCGGCGUGCGGGAACGUUUACCAGGGCUUCUCCGAGUGCGUCCUGAAGCUGGGGGACAACAUGGCCACGUACGAGGAGACGGAGCGCGCGGAGCCGCAGGGACUGCGCCGGGUGUGCGGGUACUGGGAUGAAUUCCACGUGUGCGCCCUGGCCGCGCUCUGGGAAUGCCGGAAAGAAGCAGCGGCCGCCUGGGAGGUGCUGAGGAGGGAGUCGCAGAAGAUGAAGUUCCCGGGCAGUUUGUUCGAGCUGUGCGGUGCCGGCGCGGCCCCGGGCGCUGCCUGCACGCACGUUCCCAGCGCUUCCGUCCUCGGCAUCCCGCUCCUCCUCACUUGGCUGAACUUGUAAGCGGCAGCGCUGGGAGGAUCCCGCUGGAUGGCCACGGUGUGUGACCCGUCUGCCGGCCACACACUGGUGUCCAGGGCUCGGAGGAACCCAGCGCCCAGUGUCCCACAUCUCUGGAACUCAGAAGAGCUCUGCGGGAUCUCCUGCAUUUUGCUGUUUCUCUGCAGUUUGGGGUAUUCCUUGGCCCCUCCUGCCUCCAGGCGCAGCCCUGGGGAAUGAGGGCUGGAUAAGCGAGGCAGAGGAUUUGGGAAAACAGAAAAUCRGGCUGGAACACUGGACUUUCUUGCACUUUUCUAUGCAUUUUGGAAGGAAACUUCUCUGUUCAGCUGCUGCUUCCCCCAGAUUGAGUCUCCAGGUCUUUCAUUGGGGCACUAAAGCCAAGGUAGUUUUUACCACGGUAUUUAUGAGGUGCAAGGGAAGGGGUAUGUCCUGUCAGAGGCAGGAAGGAGGCCCUGGCUGGGCACAGGCCUCUCUAAUCAUUUUCCUUUGAGGAUAUGGUGAAAAUGUCCAUGAAGAACGAUGACAUGUUCCUGACCCUCUCUGGCCUCCACCUGGAUUCCUGGGUAACUCCUAUGUUGUGUGUAAACCCCUUUGCCAAGGAAAUAGAAGACAAAUAUUAGGGGAGAGAGGGAGUUGUUGAGUUAGCAUGGAAAGAGAAGGAUUGACGGUCRUUUUCCUGCUCCAAAACCUUUCCCCAAGGUAGCUCUGAGCAGCUCUGCGGGUGCCAGUGUAAUUCCAGAGUAUUAAACCUUGUUGUAGAGCCUGUGUCUGUCAAGGCAGAAAUCACUUGUCCGACCUCUUGCUUGGUWGCACCAGCGCUUUGUGUUUUCCCUGACAACUCGGAGCACAGUUGGAUUUAUAGCUUUAGCGCUAGCAUAAAAAUGGGWGGUGUUUCCAA